AAAGGGGGUCCUUUUUGGUGUAAAUCUGGACUCUAAUUCUGUAAUAUAUCAAGGAAUCUCGUAAAACCGACACUAAAACGUCCCUGCCUACAAAUCAUCCGGCCAAAUUAUGAGUUCAUUGUAUUAUGCGAAUGCUUUAUUUUCUAAAUAUCCAGCCUCAAGUUCGGUUUUCGCUACCGGAGCCUUCCCCGAACAAACUUCUUGUGCGUUUGCUUCCAACCCCCAGCGCCCGGGCUAUGGAGCGGGUUCGGGCGCUUCCUUCGCCGCCUCGAUGCAGGGCUUGUACCCCGGCGGGGGGGGCAUGGCGGGCCAGAGCGCGGCCGGCGUCUACGCGGCCGGCUACGGGCUGGAGCCGAGUUCCUUCAACAUGCACUGCGCGCCCUUUGAGCAGAACCUCUCCGGGGUGUGUCCCGGCGACUCCGCCAAGGCGGCGGGCGCCAAGGAGCAGAGGGACUCGGACUUGGCGGCCGAGAGUAACUUCCGGAUCUACCCCUGGAUGCGAAGCUCAGGAACCGACCGCAAACGAGGCCGCCAGACCUACACCCGCUACCAGACCCUGGAGCUGGAGAAAGAAUUUCACUACAAUCGCUACCUGACUCGGCGGCGGCGCAUCGAGAUCGCGCACGCGCUCUGCCUCACGGAAAGACAGAUCAAGAUUUGGUUUCAGAACCGGCGCAUGAAGUGGAAAAAGGAGAACAAGAUCGCUGGUCCCGGGACCACCGGCCAGGACAAGGCUGAAGCAGAGGAGGAAGAGGAAGAGUGAGGGACAGAGAAAGGGCAGAGGAAGAGACAUGAGAAAGGGAGAGGAAUAGAAGCCCAGCUCUGGGAGCUGAAUCAGGAAACUCAAAUCAAAUAGGGAAGUUAAAAACAAAAACAAAACAAAAA